AAUGUUUACUUCCUGGACGUGCAAGACGUGACCAUAGGACGUGACAGAACUGACAGAAGCCAGUGCCAGAUGUUAGUUGUUCAAGUUUAGUCGAUUGUUUGCUUGUUGAAACUGUUUAAUUAAUCAGCCGUCGGAGCUGCAAUCUGUCAUCAAAAUGGCUAUCGACUGGCUUGGAUUUGGUUAUGCUGCCGCUAUCAUUAUGGGAGGCCUCAUGGGAUACAAGAGGAAAGGUAGUGUGAUGUCAUUGAUAGCUGGCCUGUUUUUUGGCUGUAUCUCAGCCUAUGGUGCCUUCAAAAUAUCAAUGGAGCCAAGUGAUGUUACAGUUUCAUUGAUUGCUUCAAGUGUUCUUGCAGUGGUGAUGGGAAUUCGAUUUAAGAAGUCUGGGAAGUUGAUGCCGGCUGGUUUCAUGGCUGGAAUGAGUCUCUUGAUGGCACUACGGCUUCUACUCAACACUCUGGUAUAAGCUGAUACAAUUGCAGUAUUCAAAAAUGUUUGCCAGCAAUACAAGCAACAGGAUAUGUUGCAUGUCAAUAUCAUGCCGCUACAUUCCACCACCAUCUCUGUAAUCACACUAACAUUUUGCAUUCCGAAUAAAGCAAUCAUUAUUUUUUAUUA